GGUACAAGCCAAGAAAGCUUCUGAGGAUCUGCGAUUUCUGAGCAGUUGUCUUUCAAGUUCAAAAGGAAUUUGCCUCAAUAUUCCUUUUCCUACAUUUUUUCGAGGUCCAUUGUUAUUUAGGAAGCAUUGAAGACUACUUCGAGUAGGCCUAUUUGCCUGCGUCUGUUUUUAUUAACUCAUUAAAAUGGAGUUGUCGGAUAUUCCCUUCCCCAUCCCAUCAGCUGAUGAUUUCUACGACGACCCUUGCUUCAACACCAACGACAUGCACUUCUUCGAAGACCUGGACCCCAGGCUCGUUCACGUGGGUCUGCUCAAGCCCGACGAGCAUCACCACAUCGAGGACGAGCACGUCCGGGCGCCCAGCGGGCAUCACCAGGCCGGCAGGUGUCUGCUGUGGGCAUGCAAAGCGUGCAAACGAAAAACCACCAACGCUGACCGCCGCAAAGCCGCCACGAUGCGUGAGAGGCGACGACUGGGCAAAGUAAACGACGCGUUCGAGAACCUUAAGAGAUGCACGUCCACCAACCCGAACCAGAGGCUGCCCAAAGUGGAGAUCCUGAGAAACGCUAUUAGUUACAUCGAGUCUCUGCAGGCGCUGCUCAGAGGUCAAGAGGAAAACUAUUACCCUGUCCUGGAGCAUUACAGCGGGGACUCUGAUGCCUCCAGCCCGAGGUCCAACUGCUCUGAUGGCAUGAUGGAUUUCAUGGGUCCCACGUGUCCGUCGAGAAGGCGAAACAGCUAUGACAGUUCAUACUUCAACGAGACGCAAAACGCUGACGUACGGAAUAACAAAAAAGCAGUGGUUUCCAGUUUGGAUUGUCUGUCGAGCAUCGUUGAGAGAAUUUCCACGGAGACCCCCGCGUGUCCCGCGCUGUCAGUGCUGGAGGGGCCCGAUGGACACCCGUGCUCUCCGCAGGAAGGGUCUGUCCUGAGUGACACUGGGGCUCCCCUGCCGUCCCCAACCAACUGUCCCCAACAGCAGGCUCAGGAUCCCAUCUAUCAAGUGCUAUGAAGAUUCUCAACAUUUCAACAAAUAAAGAGGGACAAUCUGACUCAAGAAACAUUCAGCAUAAUAAAAAUGAAAAAUUUGAUCUUAACGACUAAAGAAAUUUCGUUCCACUGGAAACUAGGAGCAGGAGCGAAUGAUCUUUCUUUCUUUCUUUCUUUCUUUCUUUCUUUCUUUCUUUCUUUCUUUCUUUCUUUCUUUCUUUCUUUCUUUCUUUCUUUCUUUCUUUCUUUCUUUCUUUCUUUCUUUCUUUCUGUCUGUCUGUCUGUCUGUCUGUCUGUCUGUCUUUCUUCAUUUCGCGUUUUCAUUCUUUAUUUCGCGUUUUUAUUCUUUAUUUUAUUUUUACGCUGUAGAAAACAACAAAUUCCAUUGUGAAAAUGGCUCGGCAGAACAGCAGAAGUGAGUUUCUUAACUAUGCUUAUUUAUAAUAAUUGAAUCCACGUUAAAAUGUGACCAUAUUUUUAACCUUUGUGAAUAGAUUUUCUGUCACAAUCACCUUUUUAUUUCGUAACUAUUUACGAGAGAAUCGUAAUUCAGAUUCGAAACGUAGGACCACUUUUGUACAUGUGUAAAUAAGAUCUGUUUUGUUAAAGCAACGAAAACGAACAAACAUAUUAUGUAUUUAAUAAGGAUGCCUGUUUGAAGCCUUAGUUUGUUGUGUCUUGUUUUAAACUUUAUAUUUAUACUUCUUAAACGAGUGAAUGUCGGAUUAAUAAAAAUAUAA